GAAAAACGACGACGACGACGACCGCGGCGUAUUCUACUUCUACGUCGCUAUUUGAUUCUUUCACAUCGCAUACUAUCGUAUUAGGUUAUUCGCCAUUUUGCCGUUUGUACUCGUUACUUUGUUGGUCGGCAGGUGAGCGUGGAUGACUAUCGUAUACGUAAAAUGUAUUUAUUGUAAUAUAAAAUUGUCCUAUACGUACUACAAUUGAAUAGAAAAAUCGAAUUUCUUGCGAACCUACGCGUACCGUUGUUAAAACGAUGUUUGUACGCGUCUUACGUGACUUCUGUCGACGAACGACCGCCGUCCCGGGCGGAGAAAAUGUCGUCAACCGUUUGAUACACGUAGCGGUGCCAUUGGAAAAGAACAGGGACCGUCGGAGUUUCUUGGCCUCGGUUCCUCGUAAAGACGAAGGUACUGAAGGCGAGAAAUUCGUUUUCAUCGAUUCCGCAAUCACCAAGAAAGAAGAAAUGUUCCCUGACAUAAAUACGCCUAAUAUGCUUUUUGGCGGAGUUAAAUUCUCAGAUGUACCUAUUUGUCACAUUAAAUCAUCUAGGAACAAUACAAUACUUCAUGUCACUAAAGUUAAUGGUGAAAGGAUAAUGAUCAGGUCUUGUGGUAUGGAAGGAUUCAAAAAUACUAGAAAAGGAACAAAUAUUGCAGCCCAAGCUACAGCAAUCGGUUUGGCUACAAGAGUAUUAGAUUUUGGAAUUCAUACAGUUCGUGUAACAAUUCAAGGAUUAGGACCCGGGAGAAUGUCCUCAAUAAAAGGUCUUACCAUGGGUGGUCUUAAAAUUAUAUCUGUCACUGAUGAUACCCCAAUAUCAUGGAAUCCAUUAAGAUCAAGAAAACAACGGAAGUUGUAAUUAUGACUAAGUAAGUCUGAAAUUAGCUAUACAUAUUUGUGAACAUAAAAAUAAUGUAAAAAAUUUAUAAACAUUAAAUAAAUGUUAUCAAUUUUAAAAUUAUUUUGUAUAUUUUGUUUAAUUUACUAUUCUAAAAUUUUUUUUUUGUGAUUUUAAAAUGUUUUUAUUUUCGAGUAAAAUGUUUAUUAGCUUAGUGUUAUUCAAUAAAUAUAAUUUUUCACAAAAAUUUGUAUUUUAGAACAAUUAAUUUUUAAUUUUUAAUUUAUUGAUAAUUCUCAAACUUCAUUCAACUUUCUAAUUGAAUAGUUAGUAGAAUAAUUUGUGUGCUUCCUUACAAUAUUAAGUUUAAUAUAUUAACAAUUCAACGUUUC